AUGUGUGUAAUAAGUACUAGGUCGCGCUGCGAGCUCUGCGGCGCGGGGGCGGACGUGCACUGCCGGGCCGACGCGGCGUUCCUCUGCGCGCCGUGCGACGCCGAGGUGCACGGCGCCAACGCCCUCGCGUCCCGCCACCGCCGCACGCGCGUCUCGCAGUCCAGGGGCGUCGUCCGCGUGCGCUGCGAGGCGGCGCUCGAGGGCUGGGCCAGGCAGAUGGGCCUCGAGGAGGGGGCGGCGCACCGGUGUGCCGAGGCGGCCGCGCGCGUGAUCCGGACCGAGGUCGCCCUGGCAGCGCCGCGCAUGCCUCUGCUCGUCGCGAUGGCGGCCGCGCUGUGGUGGGAGGUUGCGGCUCACGGCGUCCGCGAGCCUGGCGACACGCUCCAGCGCUUGGAGGCCUGUGCGAACGUGCCCGCAAGGCUGCUUGUGGCGGUGGCGGCGGCGAUCGGGCGCGCGCGCGCCAAGAAGAGGACGGCCGCGGUGAACGCCUAG